UUCUUGUUUCUGCUUAAUUUAUAUAUCAAGUUAGAGGAAUCAAGAAUGACUAAUUAAUGAAAUUUGAAAGACUAAUCGAACUCAAUUUGACAAUAUUGAGACCAAUUUAAUAAAAGAAUCAAAGUCCAAAGAACCCGCCCGUUUUUUUUUUUUAACCCGCUAGCCAACUUCGGCCCUGAAAUUUGCUCGAACUCGACAAAAGAAAUAGAGUCUUGAUAGAAUUACCAAAACCAAGCUACAGUGCACUCCUGACAUCGAAUCAAGAUAGAGUUUGUCGUUCCACAUCGACACAUCCUGCGCAAACCAUCGCUCUUCAAAGUAGGGCCGAAAUUGAGCUCUGUUUGUCAUGUUUCUUCGGCGAGCUGCAGUGGCAUUGCCCCACUCGAGAAGGUUCUUUAGUACUGACAAAACUUAUGAUAUUUCAAGUGUCAUUGAAGAAAUGAAUAAGGAAAUGGAAUCAGUCUUUGGUGAAUGUCCUCCAAGUGAACUUGCUGCAGGUUCUAUCAAUAACAAUCAAGCGGUUGGAGAAUCCCGUUUAAAACCUCAUGGACUCGCCAGUUCUAAUAGUGAAAAUUUUAGUAGGUCUCAAGAAUCCCAAUUUGCACAUCAAAAAAUGAAUCAUAAUCCUGUUGGGCUAACCCACAUUGGAAGUGCAGGAGAGGCCCAAAUGGUGGACGUGUCUCCAAAAGAAAACACUAAGAGAAUUGCUAUUGCUAGUUGCAAAGUAAUUCUUGGCAAGAAGGUGUUUGAUAUGGUCUUAGCCAACCAAAUGGCCAAAGGCGAUGUCCUUACCGUGGCCAAAAUUGCUGGCAUAAAUGGAGCAAAGCAUACUAGCAGCUUUAUCCCAUUAUGCCACAAUAUCAUGCUAACCCAUGUUCGUGUUGAUCUAGUGCUGAAUCCGGAUGAUCACAGUGUCAAAAUUGAAGGGGAAGCUGCUUCAUCUGGGAAAACUGGGGUUGAGAUGGAGGCAAUGAUGGCUGUGACGGUUGCUGGCCUAACUGUUUAUGAUAUGUGCAAGGCCGCUUCUAAGGAAAUUCAGAUGACAGAUGUGCGGCUUGAGCGUAAAACUGGUGGUAAGAGCGGGGACUGGUCCAGGGAGUAGUGGUAUGUUUGAUUGAAGAAUGUACUGUUGGUAUUGCCAAAUGACAUGAAGGUUAUUGCAUUAAAGUGUUCCUUUGUUUUUCAAGGAAGUUGAUGAUCAAAUGAAAUGUUUAUCGUCAAAGAUUAGUUUGAUA